AUUUGUCUUCUAAACACUUCAGAGAAUCUCCCCACUUCUUAUCCAUUCGAAGCAAUGAAGCCUUCUUCUAUCUUCUUCUUCUUCUUCUUCUUCCUCUUCUCAUGGCCAUUCUACUUCACUCCCUCUCUCUUCAUCCACCAAACCCUAAACCUCAAAACCCUUAUAAACCCAAAAUUCUCUCUUCUUCUGCUACCUUUCGGAGAGAUGUGGUGCUUAGAACAGCAUCACUCUGUUUCGUCUCCUUCAUCUUUCAAAACCAAAUUCCAGAGUCAUUAGCUGAUCCUUUGAAGUCUACCAAACCGUUACGACUCGGCAUUGCGAACACUAAGUCUUGGUUCCAGUACUUUGGUAGUGGGUUCGCUAUUAGGGUUCCUCCUGACUUUGAAGACGUCAAUGAGCCUGAGGAUUACUCUGCGGGAUUGUCUCUCUAUGGUGACAAGGCAAAGCCACAAACUUUCGCCGCCCGGUUCCAAACUCCUGAUGGAUCAGAAGUUUUGAGUGUAGUCAUUCGUCCUUCAAAUCAACUUAAGAUCACUUUCUUAGAGGCUAAAGAUAUAUCUGAUUUGGGAUCAUUGAAGGCAGCUGCAAGACUUUUUGUUCCAGGUGCGGCAACAAUUUACUCUGCUCGUACAAUCAAGGUAAAGGAAGAAGAAGGUUUAAGAAAUUACUACUUCUACGAGUUUGGUAGAGAUGAAGAACGCAUAGCUCUAGUAGCCUCUGUGAACAGAGGGAAGGUCUCUGCUGCAAAACACACAUUUGAUUACUCCUCGACAUUCAUAUUUCGAGAUUCAUUACUCACUCUGCGUCUCUUUCUUAAUCUUGAAAAGGUUUAUAUCGCUGGAGCAGCUGCACCGGAAUCCAAAUGGAAAGACGAUGAGUUGAAGCUCCGAUCUGCUGCCAUUUCUUUCACUAUUCUAUAGUCAAAAGGCAGCUUCUUCUAACAGAAAACUCGAAAAUCGCUCUCUAGUCGACUCGAAAAUGUGGGACUAAGAACAAACUGGCCAAAUGCGAUAACCAGAUAUUGUUUUGAGACACAUUUGUCAUUCCAUUUUCGUUUAUCUGUUUAUUUUUGGUUGAUGUAAUAUGUUCAUUGAUGUUCUGUAUAAUGAGAUAACAAAUCAAGAUUCUUUGUACCGCGAAAGUCCUAGAACGUGUUUUUACUGAUUAUGCGUUUUGGGCUCAAAAUCUGUGAUUUUCUGCGGUUGUGUUGUUGAAAGUUGAAACCUUG